GCCAUCUCUGAUAAGGGAGUGGUACAGCUAUUAAGCAACUUUGUUAAGGCAGCGGUAUAGCGCGCUUGCCUAGAAGUCCUUAGCUCUGGACUUGGACUUUGUAGAGUGUCCUUAAAGAGUUACACGUUACAGGCUUACCAUAGCAUCACCCUCGUCAACUAUCUCAGCAUCAACUGUCAUAGUUCUCCCGCGCAUUGAGCGGCGCCGCCCUUAGUCCACCCUUGCCUCAGCCUCUGCUUCGCCCAGCGCCAACAUGCCUAGCGAUCGCAAGAAGAAGGCGGCGGCCACGAAGGGAAAGCCCAAGGCGGCAGCUUCAAAGGCCAAGCCCGAGGAUGAGGCCGCCGCGCAGGCAGAAGGGGCCGAGGAGGACGGCACGGACACCGACGGAACCCCCAUGAUGUCAGCAAACGUUUCAACUGUUAACCUUCAAGCUUUGGCGGCCAGCAAAAGCAUGAAGGACCUUACCGUGGUAGACACCGGCCGGUCGUGCACAGGCGUCCUGGCUAGCCACCCGCAAGCCCGCGACGUCCACAUUUCCAGCUUCACUCUGCUGUACCACGGCCACGACCUGCUGGUGGAUGCAGACCUUGAGCUGAACUAUGGCAGGCGCUACGGUCUGCUUGGCCCCAACGGCUGCGGCAAGUCCUGCAUGCUGAAGGCGCUGGCUGCCCGCGAAGUGCCCAUCCCCAAGCACAUUGACAUCUACCUGCUGGACCGCGAGAUUGAGGCGUCGGAUAUGACGGCGCUGGAGGCGGUUAUGGCAGUGGAUGAGGAGAAGACUCGGCUGGAGCAGGAGGCUGAGUACCUGGCGCAGCUAGAGAUGACGGAUGAGGUGGAGCAACGGCUGUCGGACGUGUACGAUAGGCUGGAUGCCCUGGACAGCGACCUGGUGGAGGUGCGCGCCGCCUCUAUCCUGCACGGCCUGGGCUUCAGCAAGGAGAUGCAGCGCAAGCGGACGCGCGAGUUCAGCGGAGGCUGGCGCAUGCGCAUUGCGCUGGCUCGCGCGCUGUUCAUCGACCCCACCAUGCUGCUGCUGGACGAGCCCACCAACCACCUGGACCUGGAGGCUUGCGUGUGGCUGGAGGAGCACCUUGCUAAGUUCAAGCGCAUCCUGCUGAUGGUCAGCCACAGCCAGGACUUCCUGAACGGCGUCUGCACCAACAUCAUCCACAUGCAGAAGAAGUCGCUCGCCUACUACUCGGGCAACUACGACCAGUACAUGCAGACUCGCGAGGAGCUGGAGGAGAACCAGAUGAAGCGCUACAAGUGGGAGCAGGAGCAGAUCUCCAACAUGAAGGAGUACAUUGCGCGCUUCGGCCACGGCUCGGCCAAGCUGGCCCGCCAGGCGCAGAGCAAGGAGAAGACGCUGGCCAAGAUGGUCCGCGGAGGCCUCACGGAGAGGGUCGAGACCGACAAGGUGAUUCGCAUCCGCUUUGAGAACGUGGGCAAGCUGCCUCCGCCGGUGCUGCAGUUCGCUGAUGUGGCGUUUGGCUACUCGAAGGACAAGGUGCUCUACUCGCAUGUGGACCUGGGUGUGGAUCUGGACAGCAGGGUUGCCAUCGUGGGUCCCAACGGUGCGGGCAAGUCCACGCUGCUGAAGCUGAUGGUGGGCACGCUGGAGCCGCUUGACGGCAUGGUGAAGCGCCACAACCACCUGCGCAUCGGGCAGUACCACCAGCACCUCACGGAGCUGCUGGACCCCGAACUGACGCCGCUGGAGUACAUGCUCAAGGAGUACGGGCGUGACAUUGGCGAGGAGAAGAUGCGCUCCGUGAUUGGCCGCUUUGGCAUCACGGGCCAGACGCAGACGCUGCCCAUCAAGAACCUUUCGGACGGCCUCAAGUCGCGUGUGGUGUUUGCAUGGCUGGCGCACCGCACGCCGCAUAUGCUGCUGCUGGAUGAGCCCACCAACCAUCUCGACAUUGAGACCAUUGACUCCCUGGCGCGCGCCAUCAACGAGUGGGACGGCGGCCUGGUGCUGGUGUCGCACGACUUCCGCCUGAUCGGCCAGGUCUGCAACGAGAUCUGGGAGGUGGGUGGCGGCAAGGUGAACAAGUGGCAGGGCGACAUUCAGUCCUACAAGGCGCACCUCAAGGCCACGCAUGAGGCCCUGGACAGCCGGAAGGACCUCAAGUAGAGGGGAGGAGGGGCGGAGGAGGGAAGCGAGGAAGAGGGGUGCGGCACUGGGGUCGAUGGGGCGGAGGAGAAGGACGGGGAUGGGGAGCUGCACGGUUGUGGUACAUGAUGGGGUUCUGGUGGGUCAUGGGUCAUUGUUGCUGUUGGAAUUUUGGGCAUGGAGGAGAAACUGGGAAACAUUGAGGAGAAACAGCCUAUAAGGGAGCGCCUUGCUGCUUCGGGCAUGUGCCAGCUUCUCGUGUGGCUUUGAUGUGGCUUUGAGUGAAAGAGUUGGAGAGCAAGACUAGUAGGACUGCAGGGAUUCGGAUUUGGGAACCGUCUAGCAGUGCGGUGCAUAGCACGAUCUUGAUGGCCAGGGUUUUCACGGCAUGUGGUUUAGCGGGUUUCGCUGGCGCCCCCAUGCAUGGCCUUACGUGAAAGAGGAUGGUUUCCUGGGACAUGAUAAGGAGACGUCCGCAAUCGAGGUGUGUCGUCUAGUACUGAGCACGCGUGUGUCUCUGACUUUGCUGUUGUUACAGCUUUAGGAACGGCUGGGAAACCUUCCAAGGCUAUAGAACCCCUUUUUGUACGGUCCGCGGAAUUAUCGACGGGCCUACGGGUAUAUGAUUAGGUGGUUCUCACAUCGAGCUAUGAGGACUUUCGACUUGUUGACGGUCACAUGACCAACGUGAGAGGGAUGAUGCACGUUUUCCUCUGUAGCUGUCGUACAUUGCGGCAGCUGCCGAAGAGUUGUUGGUGGUUUCGGGGGCCACUAGCGACGUCGGGCUUUGCAUGUUGGCUAGAGGUGGUAGGAUGGGGUGUCUUGGGGAACUGUUCCAGCCCUGGGAUCUGCGUCUGUCGAGCGCUAUCUGGGAAGGGCUUUUCGGGGCGGGGGCUAAGAGUACACAACUGGGAAGAUCAAGAUUAUUGGGACGUAUGUCGGAGUUUGUCUGGCGCUAGUGCUUGUUCAAGUGCUGAAGGGCACGAGCGUGGACAGUGGUGCUUGUUGCUAGUGUUGGCAGAUAACCAUCAGGCAGUUGCUGAAGAGUUGAUUGGAUGUGGAUCGCGGCAUGGCUGCGACGACCCUGGUAAAGCGCUCC